CGACAAAGCUACACUUUCUCUCGCGACUGUCGAUUGCUGGCUGUUUCUGAAAUGCAGUUCUCGCGGCCGCUGAAAUCUUCAGCGCAUUGUCUUCCGAGUCCUGAUGGCGCAUAUAUUGCAACAAUAAUCCAGGCGAAACUAAUCAUUCGCACAACGCGAUCCCUUCAAGCUACGCGCGCAAUACCCCUACCCGCUGCCUUCUCAACGUCGAUAUCGAACUUUCUUUGGUCACCUUCGUCACAACGAAUCCUUCUUUCAUCUGAUAACACGAUCCGCGUUUUCUCUGCCGUCACCCCCCAAUAUUCAGCUACAAUCGCAUCGCCAACGUCUGAAACAACCAAGGCGGUCUACAUAUCGUUUGGCGCCUCCCACGAUGAAGUUCUUGUUUUCUCAGACUUCGGGCUGAAGCUCACAAUAUUCAAUCUCGCGACUAGCACGUCGAUAGAUAUUCCAGCGCCUAAGUUGUUUCUUCCAGGCAACGCUGCGAAAGGCUAUGGAUACCGACCCAGAACCCAACAACUCGCCUUACUAUCUCGAGGCUCUGGAAAGGAUGUGAUUAGUCUACAUUCUAAAGAAACAUACAAGGUAUUCCGAUCAUGGAACCCUGAUACAAUCGAUGCGCAGGCGUUGAGUUGGAGUCCAGAUGGCAAAUGGCUGGCCGUGAUUGAGUCAGCUGCUCAAGGCCAUAGGAUACUGUUCUACACGGCUGAUGGGCAUUUAUUUAAGGCCUGGACGGGCCCACGGCCAACCGCAGAUGAAAAGGAUAUAGAUUGUGGAGCUGGGGUGAAGACAAUCGAAUGGAGCGUUGACGGGCGACAGCUCGCAGUAGGAGACUACAGCCAGAGGGUGACUAUAUUAUCUAUGGCAAACUUCUCCGAGGCAAUGAGGCUCGACCAUUCCACAACAAUAAGACCAGACGGCAUACAUAUAUGGCAGGAAAAAUUAAAGGCCACCCCGUCUGGUCUUGACCGCUCCUAUAACGUCCAGACACAGGUGACUUGUCCACCGACGGCGGCUUCGUCGACACCCGUGCCGGAAACCAAAUCUGGAAUUGUAAGUAUCGCCAUUGAUGCAUCAGGCACACUCAUAGCCUCCCGGUGCGAGAAUCUACCAACGACAGUAUUCAUCUGGGACUCCUCAUCAAAAAUCCUCAAAGCUGUCCUGAUCCAGCAUUCGCCCAUUGCCAAGGCUACAUGGCAUCCAACAAUCAAUGAGGUCCUCAUAAUCCGCUGCGAGGGCGAGGAGUCGAAAGGAGUUGCAUACAUCUGGGAGCCAUCCUGGGAGGAGCCAAAAAUUGUUAAUUUCGGCACCCAGCUACCCGAGGGAAAAAUCAUGGGGAAGGCCGUGAUCCGUUGGUUGAGGACAUCUGACUCCGGCUCCCCCGCAUUGUUCUUUAGCGACACACAUGAUUGUAUCCUGGCGUCCAUUUCCGAGACAGGGGCUACAGACGUGGACCUGCCUUGGAAAGAUGCUAAAGAGAAGGCAGUGGAUAUAUAUGGACAGUUGGAGGAGAGCCCGCUUGUUCUUGUUCCUGCUGAGAAGGGGAAGGCAACAGCGAGGCAGAUUAUGGAUAAUGAGCCAACGAUUACCACAUUCGGGGCUCUUGAGGAUAUGGACGACACAUUCCAUUUUAAGAGAUGACGCAGGCGUUAGCACAGGAGCAAUAUACCACAAGCCGUUUUGCAGGACUUUUGACUCGGUAAUGUAUGGGUGGGGGAGUUUGUUAAUCGGAUCAAAAAUGUAUGGCUAUAGACUAUUCAUCAAGAUUAGUUUCGGUGAGGUUCAAAGGCGCUGGGGAAAAUAGG